AUGGCAAAAACAACCGGCUUACUAGACAAAUCGUUGAGUCGUGGCAAAUCAGAAAUCAAUUUGUCGACGUUUGCCCUCCUCUUUUCCGAGAUGGUUCAGUAUGCGCAGAGUAGAUCGGAAACGGUGUCGGAUAUUCAUGACAAACUUGCCUCGUAUGGAAAACAAGUCGGAUACAGAAUGUUUGAUAUUAUUACAUUGCGAGAACGAGGCUAUAAAAGGGAAACCAAAUUAUUGGGAACACUUUUGUUUAUCAAAUCCGCAGUUUGGAAGAAUUUGUUUGGAAAAGAGGCGGAUAAAUUAGAACGGUCGAAUGAUGAUCAGUGCACGUAUUUGAUAAUCGAAAAAGACCCGCUAGUCAAUACAUAUAUAUCGGUUCCCAAAGACAAGGGGGUCUUGAAUUGUGCGGCAUUUGCCGCUGGAAUUGUUGAAGCAAUUCUCGAGAGCGCGUCGUUUAAAUGUAAAUUUGAAAGGAAGAACAUUGAAACUGUAUGCCCGAAAAUCCAUCAGUAUCUUUUUCCGGAAAUUCCGGUUCCGUCAUCGUCAUCCUCAGUGAAUUAUGAUAUUGAAUUUCCAAAACUGGAAGGAGAGAAUUUGGCAGAUCAUUUUAGAAUAAUCGCCGAUUCGCAAACUCGACAUUAUAAGCGACUUCUUGAAUCCGCGACAACUUUUGAUUUGCAAAAAGCGAAGAGAGUUCUCAAAAAGAUCGACGACAAUGAUUUGUGGAAGUUUGAAGUUGGCUGGACGAAAUAUCCGUUUGAUUUGAAGUCGAUAACAAAAAUCGACGCUCCGCCUGAUGAUAUUCUGUUCUUCGAUAUCGAAUUAUGCGUGUUGGAUGGAAAUCUGCCGACGUUGGCGAUCGCUCUUGGCCGAAAUGCUUGGUAUGGAUGGUGCAGUGAGCGGUUGGUGAACAACACCGAUGUUCCCGAUAUGCCGACUAGGAAAGAUUUAAUCCCAAUAGGAGAUUGUGGCAAAGAGAAAAUCGUCAUCGGACACAAUGUGGGAUUCGAUCGUGCGAGAUGUGUGGAGGCGUACGAGCUGAAACCAUCGAAAAUUCGAUUCAUGGAUACCAUGUCGAUGUCAAUUCCCAUGUUCGGCAUGGCGGAUCACCAGCAAUCGGUGUAUGAGAUGUUUGACAUCGAGGAAACUGAUGGAAAAACGGAAUGGUUGAACACAUGGAAAGGUCGAGUGUCGAAAAACUCACUAAUUGCAGUUCAUGAUCAUUUAUAUUCGGGAAAAGACAUCACCGCCGAGCAAUAUUCGAAGAAAACGCUUCGCGCGAGCUUCGUCAAGGAUCCGAUCGAGAAAAUUCGCGACGAUUUCCAACCGUUAAUGUCAUAUUGCGCACGCGAUAAUAUACUAUGCGCUGAAAUCUAUGUGAAAUUAUGGGAUGAGUUCAAAACGCGAUUUCCGCACCCGGCGACACUAGCAGGAAUGUUGAAUAUUGGAAAUGUCUACUUGCCAAUAAAUUCGUACUGGAGAAUGUUCUAUGAGAAGAAUGCGAGGAUGUGCGAGGAGAAAAAGAACACAUCGGCGCGGAAAAUUGUCGAGACGGCUAAAAUGGUCUAUGAGGAUCCGGAAUUAAAAAUGAGCGGAGAUGUUUGGUUAUGGGCACAAGACUGGAAUUUGAGAACGAAACGCGAUUAUCCAGAGUGGUUCGCGAAGUUGUUCAAAGCGCGAAAUUUUGCCGAUUAUGAUAUUAGCGUUAUCGAUAAUGAGCACAUAGCACUUAAAAGCAUGCUUAUCCCAUCGAUAUUUGGAAUGAUUUAUGGUCCGUACCCGCUUGUGAAGUUGCGAUCAAAAGGAUGGGGAUUUCUCGUACCCGAUGAGCCGAAAAUUGAGAAAGUCCUUGAAAAUGACGAAAUUCAUUUUGUGAAGCUCAACGUUGAUGUUGAUCGCGAAACGAAAGUUGCCGAUUUUCCAUUGAGAAAAUUUUACGAUAUUGUGAAGAAUAACAUUUAUUUAUACGGAGAAAUGCUAAUUCCCGCUGAGAAGAAAUUCUAUACACUUGAGAACGAUGGAAUCUUGAAAUAUUAUCAAUUGGAUCAUCCAUCAGGUGACGGAAAUGUCGGAGAUCCACUUACAAAACAUUUUGUUAAAGAAUUGAACGAGAGAGUUUUGCAGCCAACGAGAUAUGUGGAUCAGUUCGCCACUAUUUUGGACUCAUUGCAAACGACGAGGUUUUGGACCAGUUAUAGCAAUCGCUAUCACGCCGAGGUCACAAUUUGGGAUCCGAGCGACACGUACACGUCCGCAAAUGGAAGUGCGAUGUGUAGCGGCGUUAUCGCGGCGGCGGUGGUUCCCGCCGGAACCGUGUCGCGACGAUCGGUUCACAAAUUGUGGGUGACACUCACCAAUCAAUCAGACGACCAUGUCAUUGGCACCGGCAUCAAAGCGAUGGUGCAGGCGCCGUCGGGAUAUCGGCUGAUUGGCGCUGACGUCGACUCGCAGGAGCAAUGGUUGGCGGCGUUGUAUGGCGAUGCCAGCGCCGAGAAGCGAUUACCGAAAGAGCAGAGGAAGCCUGGAAGCACCGCGUUCUCGAAUAUGAUGCUCGCUGGAUCGAAAUCGGACAACACCGACCUUCACUCGAUUGUGGCGAAUCAAUUGAAAAUAAGUCGUAAUCACGCCAAAACGCUAAACUAUGCGAGACUGUACGGUUCCGGCGAAGCGCAUGCUCGAAAACACUUAAUGCGUGUCGGCGGAAUGAAGCAGAAUGAAGCUGAAAUGACAGCCAUGCAGCUAUUCAAAUUGACGAAAGGUGAUGUGGCAAUAUAUCGUAAAAUCGAUCCGCAAUUCAAUGAUUUAGUGGAUUUGUAUAUGAGGGAAAAUGCGAAGGACUCGAAAAUUUUGGCCCUUAAUGGUUGCUACUAUACACCGACUUAUAAUAGUCAAUACGCAAAAGACGCGAUUGAUUUGGAGGAAUGGAUUUUGAGGCGGUUUUCGGAGGAAUUGAAAGAAAUUCAAACGGAGGCUCUCAUACCAUUGCUUUAUGAAAAUUUUUCGGAGAAAAAGAAAUUGUUUGUUGGCGGCUAUGAAUCGUCGACAUUCAAUUUUCUUGAGCUGUGCGCCGCUAGCGAUGAUCUACGAACACCGAUACUUGAAUGCAAAAUUGCCGACUCGUUGGGCAAACUGCCAAAAGGAACUCCCGACUCGCAGUAUUUCGACAAAAAAUACAAACGAUCAAUCAUGAAUUGGAUCGUUCAAUCAUCGGCGGUUGAUUUUCUGCACCUCCUCCUGGUUUCUGUGAAUUGGCUAUGCGAAAAAUAUGAAAUUGAGGCGAAAUUUGUGAUUUCCAUUCACGACGAGGUUCGCUACAUGUGCCUUGAAAAAGAUGCUGCCCGUCUUGCGUUGGCUCUUCAAAUUUCGAACAUGCUCGUGCGAGCAUUCAUUUCUCAGCGCGUUGGCAUAUAUCAGCUACCAAAUACCGUCGCAUUUUUCUCGCAAAUCGAUAAUGAUACGGUUUUGCGAAAAGAAGUCGACACGGAGAGCGUGAAUCCCGAUGGAACUAAAAUUGCGAAUGGAAUCGCUUGGACAAUCGAUGAUUUAUUAAAACUAACAAACGGAAAAAUGGAUAAAUUAAAACCAUAA